GCUAUGACACGUCAUUUUAUUCGGAUAAUUCCCAAAAACCCAUUUAAUCAAACUCCAUGUGCUCCGAUUAUCUGAGUAAAAUUCACAAUUCCGGUCAGCAUGCUACCCGUUUCCUCUACACUUGCUAACCGGUAUCCAGUUUCCCAGGUUUGUCUGUAUGGAGGGUCUUAUCUACACCACAAGGUUAAAUGCGUAAUGGAAAAUGAUGUUGUUUCAUUCAAGACACAAACUUUACCAACCCCUUUUAAUCUGCAAAACACAUUUCUUGCUUCGAAUAUUCCAGAUGCUUAUUCCCUGAAACCAGCUGAUGAUGUUUUUGGUGGAAUUAAUGACACCCUUAGUGCUCUAGUAUGUAACACAGACACUGCUAUCACCAACACACUUAACUCAAUCAACACAUCACUAAAACUUGCAUCAAAGGGUGUUAAUGAUGCACUUGAUGUUUCUCUUGAUAAGUUGAAGGUCUCAUUUAGCAGUGCAUUCUCAGGGUUGGGUAAUAACUCUAAAGGGGUAGGGGUUGUAGCUGUUGAUGGGUUGAGACACGCCAUCAUUGCGGUUGAGGGGGUUUUGGCACAAGGGGUUACGCUUGUGGCCUAUGGUUAUGGGUAUGUUAAAGAUACGCUCCCUCCGGAGGUCCAGAAUGUGUUGAAUGCUUCAGAAGAGAAUGUGUUUAGGCCGGUUGGGACGGCUUUUCAACAGAUUUACGUUGUCUUAGAGGGAUUUGAGGCGAGUAUUGGAAUUGAUCCAAGCGACCCGAUUGUUCCUGUUGUGCUUUUGCUUGCAACGUCAACCACGUUAUGGGUUUCUUAUUGGGUAUUGACCUAUGCUGGAUAUGCUGGAGACUUGUCCCCACAGCUAACUUUGGAGCUACUGAACGGGAAAGAAAAUGUUGCACUAAUUGAUGUCCGGCCUGAGGAUUUCAGAGAAAGAGAUGGAAUUCCAGAUCUCCGAAGGAAAGCGCGGUUUCGAUAUGCUAGCGUGUCAUUUCCUGAGGUUGAUGCCAAUGUAAAAAAGUUACUCAAGGGUGGGAAAGAUCUUGAUGAUGCCUUGGUUUCUAUUGUCAUUCGGAACUUGAAAGUUGUUCAAGGAGGGUCCAAGGUAAUAGUAAUGGAUGCUGAUGGUUCACGCUCUAAGGGAAUCGCAAGAGCGCUAAGGAAAUUUGGGAUUAAGAGACCAUACUUACUCCAAGGUGGCUUCCGCUCUUGGGUCCAAGAAGGUUUGCGUAUAAAGGAGCCGAAACCUGAGACAACACUUACCAUACUCAAUGAGGAAGCUGAGGCUAUUCUAGAGGAUGUCACUCCCCUGCAAGUUAUUGGGUAUGGCGUGGGUUUCCUGGCAGCUGCUUAUGCAUUGUUAGAGUGGGAAACAACACUGCAACUCAUUGCUAUUUUUGGCGUUGGGCAGACUAUAUAUAAGCGGGUAGCUUCUUACGAGGACUCUAAAGAUUUCAACAGAGAUGUGAGGCAACUUCUUGCCCCUGUUAAGCUGGGAGGGCAGGCAAUUUCAUGGGCUGCUGGAAAGUUGGAAACUAAUCGCAACGGUUUACCGACUUCACCUUCCUCUGUAAAUGUCCAGAACAGGGUGUUGCAAGCUGCUGCAAAACACGAAUCUCAGCCGGAUAGCGAAGAACCAACAAGUUCUGUCAAUCAGAGCCCACCGGAUCUCUCUGAAGCAUAGAAGCAACCACAUCUAACUUUAUCAUGGUUGGUCUCUAAAGUUAGUUGUGAUUGUAAUCAAGUGUAAUACUACUACAUAUACCAUUGAUAAUUGGGUAUUAUUUGUUCCCUUAUACCAACUACUCCCGGAACCCUUGUAAACAUUUUUCCUUUGCCCAUACUAUAAAAGUAAUGGCUCUCCUUUCACAUUUUAAA